AUGCCAUUCAUCACUCGAUUCAUAUCUAGUCAGCUCCGUACCCUCCCACCUGUACCUGACACAUCGUUAGAGGGGAAGGUAUAUAUCACCACUGGAGGAAAUUCAGAGAAAAUAGGUAUCGGAUUGGAAGUGGCUAAACACCUAAUUCAACGUGGCGCAAGUAAGGUAAUCUUAGCUGUCCGAAACAUCCAAAGUGGAGAGAAGGCAAAGCAUGAUAUCCUUCAUCAUGUCAAAGCAGGAUGCAAAAGUGAAGUCGAAGUAUGGAAAGUGGAUAUGAAUUCUUUCGAAAGUGUCAAAACAUUUGCAGAAAAAUGUGAAGGUUUAGAUCGGUUAGAUGGUGUGGCAUUGAACGCUGGAAUUUUGGCUCCUGACAAACUUGAGAAAACUCCAGAUGGGCAUGAAGCUACUAUUCAAGUCAACGUUUUAUCGCCCACAUACCUUGCUCUGCUUCUCGCUCCGAUUCUCGAAAAGAGCGCCUCUGUGACAGGUCAGAAAGGUAAAAUUGUAUUUACAGGUAGUGCCGUAGCAGAAGUCGCGACCACAAAGGGAUUAGACAUCGAACGACCACUCAAAGCCCUAGACAACGAAAACGUCUAUGUAGUCGGUGAUAGAUACAACCAGAGCAAGCUUGUCCUACAUUCAAUGGUCCGAAAAAUCAUCGCAAGAUUUCCGGACAUAGUUGUCACUGAUGUCAAUCCAGGUUUUGUUCAUACUCAACUUUACAGAGGUGGUGGUCCUGCAGCUGCUAUGGCUAAAAGAAUAGGCCGUAAAUCUGAAGAAGGAGCUCGAAACGUUACUUUUGCUCUCAUCACUUUAGACCAUUCCACUGAUUGGUAUCACGACUGUAAACCGAGUAAAUUGUAUGCGCCAUGGUUAGUUUCCGGUGAUGGAAGAACGUUUGGGAACAAUUUGUGGAACGAUUCUUUGCAAGAAUAUAGGAGGUUUUCAAAUCGAUUAUAA